AUGUCGUCGUCGUCAGGGCUCCAGCGAAGGCGGGGCGUUCACACGACGGGCGGUGAUGAUGACACUGGUGAAGGUGGAGUACAUGAGAAAAGAGUAUCGGCUAUAGAGAAAGUUUCGGGAUCCGGUUCCAUUUCCACCUACGAUUCAAAAAGAGGGCAUCGGCUGGCUUAUGAUCCGCGUGAUUUAGCCGAUGAGAAUGAGGAGCAGACAUACCCACGCAUCACACUCAUGGAAGAAGUAUUACUUCUCGGUUUGAAAGACACACAGGCAUAUCUCUCGUUUUGGAAUGACAAGCUGUCUUUUGCACUUCGAGGGUGCAUCCUGAUGGAGCUAGCGCUGCGUGGCCGUAUCCGUGUCAUGAGCGGCGCGGAGCAAAAACGCAGGGACGUGGGCGAGCGCACCAUUGAACUUAUGAAUGCAAAACUAACGAACGACCCACUUCUUGAUGAAACGAUUCGCCAUAUCCAGUCUUCGUCACCGACCAGCGUGGCGGAAUGGAUGGAUCUGCUGAGUGGUGAGACUUGGAAUAUGAUGAGACUCAGCAUGCAGCUUAAGCAAGUACGCGAGCGCUUGUGCAAAGGUUUGGUGGAAAAGGGUAUCUUGCGCACUGAAAAACGCAAUUUUCUGCUAUUUGACAUGCCGACACAUCCUAUCGCUGACAUGUCAGUCAAGGAUGCGGUUCGUCGACGAGUAUAUGCGAUUACAUCGGCACAGUCUAUCCAUGCCGAGUCUUUAUACAAAGAGGAAAAUAGUGCAGGUGGCCGUGUUUCUUUGCCUGUAACACGUACCAUGUGCAUGGUGACGACAGCACUGUGUGCGGAUGUUCUAGAAAACGCGCUCCAACAUUUACCGUUGCAGGCCCAGGAAAUUGCUACACAGCACGUCGAGCACUUAGUCGAGGAAUUUUCGCAAUGGCCAAUGGCGCCACAGACAUCUGGCGGAGGGAUCCCGCCGCAAGGCUCCAUGGAUGCCAUGCUUGCGCGACCGAUAAAUUCAUCGCGCAGUUCCGUGAGCAAAAAAGGCAGGCAAAAAAUGGGUGUGAGCAUUGAGGACUUAACCAAGGCAAUGCGACACGAAUAUGAUACGGGUGCACACGAAUCGGCCUAUGAGGUCAUUGCGGCCGUCCUCUCUGUAUUUCUGCAAAUGGACGCUAUCGUAUAG